AUUAUUAUUGGCGCCGAAAAAGAAGAUAAGGAAACGGAACUAUGAACAACAGAUUAUAGAGAAAACAUUUUUAGGGUUAUUUUUGUUUCGGUUCCAUGGCUUCUUUGUUUCUCCCUGUUUUCUCCUCAAUUAUAUCUGCUUCAUCCUCUUCUUCUUCUCCAUCAUCACCACCACCAAAACAAGUUAAAUUGAGAGAAGAUUGGAGAAACCGUUCAAAACCUAUACCUCCUGGUGGUACUUAUCCUGCUAAAGAUCAGUGCAGUAAAUGUGGAUUAUGCGAUACUUAUUACAUCGCUCAUGUGAAGAAUGCUUGUGCUUUCUUAGGCGAUGGCAUGUCUAGAAUUGAAGGUUUGGAACCUGUGGUUCAUGGUAGAGGGAGGGAUGAAGACUCACUUGAUGAAACUUAUUUAGGGGUUCACGAGGAAUUGUUAUAUGCUCGUAAAACUGAGCCUGUUGAAGGAGCACAGUGGACAGGGAUAGUGACAACCAUCGCGAUAGAGAUGUUGAAAGCAAACAUGGUUGAUGCUGUGAUUUGUGUGCAGAGUGACCCAGAGGACAGAUUUACUCCUAGGCCUGUCUUAGCCAGGACGCCAGAAGAAGUGCUGGCGGCAAAAGGUGUAAAGCCAACACUAUCUCCUAACUUAAACACGCUUGCCCUUGUAGAGGCCGCAGGUGUAAAUCGGCUUCUUUUUUGCGGUGUGGGUUGCCAAGUGCAAGCAUUAAGAUCUGUAGAGCAACAUUUGAACUUAGAAGAGCUUUACGUGCUUGGCACGAAUUGUGUGGAUAAUGGAACUAGGGAGGGCCUGGAGAAGUUUCUUAAUGCUGCUAGCACUGAGCCGGAAACAGUUCUUCAUUAUGAAUUUAUGCAAGAUUACAAGGUACACUUGAAGCAUUUGGAUGGCCACAUCGAAGAGGUUCCUUAUUUCUGUCUACCAGCAAAUGACUUAGUUGAUGUUAUUGCCCCGUCUUGCUAUAGCUGCUUUGACUACACAAAUGGGUUAGCAGAUUUGGUGGUGGGAUACAUGGGUGUUCCUAAGUAUUCAGGAGUAAGCAUGCCAAAGCAUCCACAGUAUAUAACGGUCAGAAACCAACGCGGUAAGAAAAUGCUUAAUCUGGUAAAGAAUCUAUUGGAGAUUACACCUACAAUCAGCACUGGUGAUCGCCGCCCAUUUGUCAUGGAGACAGUUAAAGCUGAUGAUGCUGCAAAAAUGGGGAAAGGCCCUUCUCAACCUGCGCCUAAGUUUGUUGGGAAUCUAAUCGCGUUUAUUCUUAACUUGAUUGGUCCAAAAGGUUUGGAAUUUGCGCGUUAUUCGUUGGAUUACCAUACAAUACGUAACUAUUUGUAUGUAAACCGCACUUGGGGAAAACAAAGAGCUGAUAAACAUAUGCCUUCAUAUGCCAAAAAGAUUGUAGAUCGGUACAAUAAAAAUGGGGAGAUUGAUCGGUUUCUCUCCAACAACUAAUUACUCAACAAAACAUCCAUGGAAUUCUGAAGAACCUCGUGAUAUGAGUUUACACUAUUGCUGUAUAAGUUGCAACCUAGAGCUCAACCAACAAGGAGUGGGUAUACAGUAAGUUAUAUAAGUAGCAUCCUUGAACUCAACCGGCAAGGAGGUAUAUAACUGGCAUCCUAGAACUCUACUCAACAAGGAUUCGCUUCAAGUCUUGUUAGUAGCAUCCUAGAACUCAACCAACAAGGAGAUAAGUUUUUACAAUAUAGUAUAUAUAACUGGCGUCCUAGGACUCUACCCAACAAGGAUUUGCUUCAAAUCUUGUUAGCCACCUCCUCAGAUCUCUCUCUCACUGAUGGCACACGAUGUGGGACGGAGAGGUUGCCUCUGUUUGCAGGGCAUGCAAGGAAGAGAGCGGAGGAAAUACUACAAGUGAUCAAUAAGCUUCAGUCUCUGCAACCACAUACAACCUUCUAUAUUCUUACCAUACAUGUGCCGAUGGAGUCUCAUGACUUUGACUGGACAUGGUUGGCAAAGAGACCACAACUCCGGGAUGGAUAUCAAAACCAACAGGCCAGCCUAAGCUAUUGGAAACUGGAUGUUGCUCUUGUUGAUGGGCUAUUUGCCGUGCAGUUAUGGAUAUGGGAUUGCCUUCUUUUUGAGUGACAAGGCAUGAGAAUUAGGUUGUUCCAAGUCCAAGUAGAUACCAACCAAACUCCUAAUAUGAGAAGUCCAGCUCAAGAAAAACACAAAACUUAGGGAGGGUGUUCUAAGAUCCAACUACGAUUACCUUGUCUGCAUAAUCUUAACCAGGAAGGUUUGCUCAGCCUGGAUCUUAAAUAAAUAUCUGAUUAGGGAUGGAUAAAUCUUUUUCACUCAACAAAUAUGAGAUGCAAUCUAUAAAAGAAUUUAAACUUUGAUCUAGGCCUAGAAACAUUUGCUUGAUUUCCUCUGGCCUCUGUAUUUAUUUAAUUUAACAGAAAAAGUUACAACUAGGCAAACGUAAUAUAUCUCCUCUCUUUCAGUUCAUGGAUCUCACUGUCUUUGCCUAACUAAUAGUGUUGGCAAACAAAGAACAAACACAGUCAGUUCACAUGUUCUCACAUGCUGUUUAGAGUUGACAUUCGCCACGUGUCUUCAUCUUUUUUGUUGUUUAAAGAAUGUUCACACCUAUCGAUUCUCAACAGUUGUUAUGCAUAUAACGGUAGCUAGCCUUGAUCAUGGUUCUGCACUACUUUCUUUCAUAACAUAUCUAUAACUGAUUCGACCAACUUCGGCUGUUCCUUAAAUGGAAUUGACUCACUGGUUUGGUAGACAACUCAGUGGUGGCAAAGGAUAC